AUGUCCUACCUCGACGUUCCCAUCCUCUCUCAAUUCCUGUGCGUCGUAGAGUCGCGAACAGGCAUGCCAGCGCAACCACUCGACGCGCCCUCCCAGGGCUCCAACAACAGCGACAGCGACGCCCAUGCCGAUGCGCCCAAGAAGCUGCCGAAAGGCGUAGUCCUCGGUCCAGACGGGAAGCCAUGCCGCUCCUGCACCUCCGUCUCCUCAUGGUUCGCCAUGGCCAAAGAAAAGACCAAGAACGACAGCGCUCCCACCACCACCACCUCCUCCUCCAGUCCCGCCGCCGCCGCCACCACCACCGCCGCCACCACGUUCUCCUCCUCCCAACAACCCCCCGCCGACUGCCCCCCGGACAUCGCCGACCUCGGCCGCUCCUCCUGGACGCUCCUGCACUCCAUCACGGGGGCGUACCCGGCGCGGCCGUCGGCGCAGCUGCAGGCCGACACGGCGCGCUUCGUGCGCACCUUCGCGCAGCUGUACCCGUGCUGGACGUGCGCCGAGGACUUCCAGCGGUGGCUGGCGGCCGACGGCAACGCGCCGCGCGUGAGCUCGCGCGACGAGUUCGGGCGGUGGAUGUGCGAGGCGCACAACGCGGUCAACGACAAGCUGGGCAAAGCGGCGUUCGAUUGCGACCGGUGGGAGGAGAGGUGGUAUAGCGGGUGGAGGGAUGGGAGGUGCGAUCCUUGA